AAAGCGUUCCGAAAAUGAAAAAUGGAAAAGAAAAACUAGAGUCCAAAAGUAAAAUUGAAAUAUUUUUAUCAAAUUCAUGUCAAAUGAUUAUUUUAUCGAUUUUUUAAUAAAAUAAAUAGGUAGUAUAGUAAGUCGCUGCGGUUAACAUUUAUUUUAUAAAAUCACAGUUUUCCAAGGUAAAGUGAAAGAUUGAAGACAUUCUGAAUGUGCCCAAAUUAAAAUAAAAAGUAAAAAAGUGGUAAAAAAGUAGGUAGGUACUUUUGCAAGAUGUCUAAACCAGUGUAACAGUAAACAUACAAAUUUUUGUGAUAAAAAAAUUGAUGUGUCGUUAAAACAACUUUAAUUUUUACCUCAGGGCGCAUACCUAACACUUGCGCUCCUUUGAGGAUAAUUUCGUUGUGCGUGUUGAAAAAUCGUCAAAGAUUGACUCCGUGUGGGGCUGGGCUUCGCCCCCGCUGCGUCUGCAGCUGGGAAACGCACGUGGACAUAAAAGGAUGGGGGAGGGCGGGUCGCCGGGCGGCGGCGGCGGCGCGCGGCUUUCGCACACGUCGGAAAAGCACCCGCGCGCAAUAUUGGGCGAACUGUCUGCUCUGCGGAGACAUCGCGAGCUAUGUGACGUCGUGCUCAAUGUGGCCAACAGGAAACUCUUCGCGCACAGGGUGAUCCUGUCAGCCUGCAGCCCCUACUUCCGGGCGAUGUUCACGGGCGAGCUGGCGGAGUCGCGCGCCACGGAGGUCACCAUCCGCGACGUGGACGAGCAUGCGAUGGAGCAGCUCGUGGAGUUCUGUUACACGGCGCAUAUCGUCGUCGAGGAGAGCAACGUGCAGGCGUUGCUCCCGGCGGCGUGCCUGCUCCAGCUGCAAGAGAUCCAGGAUGUGUGCUGCGAGUUCCUCAAGCGGCAACUGGACUGCUCCAACUGCCUCGGCAUCCGCGCCUUCGCAGACACGCACUCUUGCCGCGAGCUGCUGCGCAUCGCGGACAAGUUCACGCAGCAGAACUUCCCCGAGGUGAUGGAGAGUGAAGAGUUCCUGCUGUUGCCCGCGGCACAGCUGAUCGACAUAGUGUCCUCGGACGAGCUCAAUGUGCGCUCGGAGGAGCAAACCUUCCAGGCGGUCAUGUCCUGGGUCAAAUACAAUGUGGCGGAGAGGCGGCAGCACUUAGCUCAGGUUCUCCAACACGUGCGAUUGCCGCUCCUCAGUCCAAAGUUUCUAGUGGGGACAGUGUCUUCAGAGCUCCUGAUCAGAUCUGACGACGCGUGCCGGGACCUGCUGGAUGAGGCCAAGAAUUACCUGCUGCUGCCUCAGGAGAGGCCGCUCAUGCAAGGCCCUAGAACUCGACCUAGGAAACCUACGAGACGAGGCGAGGUGCUAUUCGCCGUGGGCGGCUGGUGCUCAGGCGACGCCAUCGCGUCGGUGGAGCGCUUCGAGCCCACGGCGGCGGAGUGGAAGAUGGUGGCGCCCAUGUCCAAGCGGCGAUGUGGCGUGGGCGUGGCCGUGCUACACGACCUGCUGUACGCCGUGGGCGGCCAUGACGGGCAGAGCUACCUCAACAGCAUCGAGCGAUAUGAUCCGCAGACCAACCAGUGGUGUGGCGCGGUGGCCCCUACGUCCUCGUGUCGGACCUCAGUCGGCGUGGCCGUGUUGGACGGCGCGCUGUACGCUGUGGGCGGACAAGAUGGCGUCCAGUGCCUCAACCACGUGGAAAGAUACGACCCCAAGGAGAACCGGUGGAGUAAGGUGGCGGCGAUGACUACGCGGCGGUUAGGCGUGGCAGUAGCCGUUCUGGGAGGACAUCUAUAUGCUGUGGGCGGCUCCGACGGACAGUCGCCGCUCAAUACUGUGGAGCGCUACGAGCCCCGGGCCAACAAGUGGACGCCCGUGGCGCCCAUGUCCACGCGGCGCAAGCACCUCGGCUGCGCUGUGUUCGACGGGCAGAUCUACGCGGUGGGCGGCCGCGAUGACUGCACGGAGCUAUCCUCCGCUGAGCGAUACGAGCCAGCGACAGACUCUUGGUCGCCCGUGGUGGCGAUGACGUCACGGCGGAGCGGCGUGGGGCUCGCCGUCGUCAACGGACAACUGUACGCCGUCGGCGGCUUCGACGGCACCGCCUACCUCAAAUCCAUUGAGGUGUUCGACCCGGAGUCGAACCAGUGGCGCCUGUGCGGCGCCAUGAACUACCGGCGCCUCGGCGGCGGCGUGGGCGUCAUGCGCGCGCCGCACCACGACAAUCACUACAUAUGGAACCGCAAAGACUCGGUGGUGUGAAGAGAUCGCCAUCCUCCUAUCAGGUUAAGUCGUUACACAUUUUAUUUUAUUGUUAAAGUAAUUGUAUUUAUAGUAACUAAAUAAAAUUAAUUGACUAUUUAUAAAUAAAUGAUAAUACAAAUUUUAGAAUAUAAAA